CAUCAACCACUCUGAAGUCAUAAUUGCAAAUCAUUUGGGAUUGGCAGAUUUCUUGUACGCUUUGAGAAAGUCAAAAUAUUUUCGAAAUGCCAGUCACAAAAGCCUUCAACCUGCCCAGCAGUCCAGAACUCCUGCCACUCCCCGCAGACUCAGAAAAUGCUACCACGUUCUUCAUCUCCUUCCACGCCUCGGUCGACCCAAAUACAGGCAAGCCAUGGUGUCCCGACGUCGUUGCUGCAAUCCCGCAUUUGGAGGAAGUUUUCUCGGCCCCCGGGUCCCCAGACGUUGCAUUCGUCGAGGUGGGACAGAAACCUGAGUGGAGAGAUCUCUCAAAUGUCUAUCGGACGAAGUGGAAUGUGAACAAUGUACCCACUCUGGUCCGGUUUGAGAAUGUCAAUGGGACGGUAAAUGAAACAGGAAGGCUCGUGGAAGGUGAUAUUCUUGACCGCAAGAAACUGGGAGAAUUUGUCCUCAAGGAGCCUGGGAACGCCGGGGCAUGA